AUGAACCAAUAUGCAAUUCCUCAGCCUGACUUUCGUAAAGAUCCAACAGUUACUGGAUCUCAUGAAGAAUAUUGGGUUGUAUAUCCCAAAUCUCAGUGGAAUAACCAAUGGAACUAUAGUUCAAAAGAUUUAGAAAAACAGAUCUUGGAUGCUGUUCAAAAAAUUCGCAGAAUAGGAGUUAGAUAUAAUAUGCCACCACGUCUUAUUCAUUAUACGCAAUUAUUAAUAUGGAGAUUCUAUGCAAAAGAACAAAUUGAUACACAUCCUCUAGGAAUUUACAUAUUACAAGCUUUUGAAUGUGCAGCACGGUUUGUAGAAUGCGAAAUACAUAAUUACAUUCAGAGCAUACAAGCAGAUCCUGAUUUUCCCAAAUCAAGUAGUCUUUCAACCAAUACACCUGAGUUAUUGCUCCAUUUUCAAUUUGUUACAUCAUUAGAAUAUACAGUAAGGAUCCAUCAUCCAUCAGAAUACAUUCCAAUGUAUCUUAAACCACAACAAUACGGAUUGGAUCCAGAUAUUGUUAACCUUGCCGAGAAAAUAGUUUCAGACUCUUUCUUAACUCCUUGCUGCUUAGUUCAUAGACCAGCAGCAAUUGCGGAAGGCGCCGUAAUCAUGGCUGCAACAAUUCUCGAUAGACAAAACUCAAUAUGCGUCAGAUCUGCCAAAGCUCUCUCUUUUAUAUCUGAUAUGAAGUUUUAUUACGAUCAUUCUCAAAAAUUGUAA